UAUACACAAACCACAUCAUAUCUCUUAACCUAAACAUUUAAAACCUCUCUCUCUCUCUUUACAAGUUUCUCUCUCUACCUAUCUCCUCUGUUUUUUUUCUUGCUCUGUUUCAAUGGAGGAACAAAACUGGAUAAGAGGACCAACCAUAGGCCGAGGCUCAACCGCCACUGUCUCGCUAGCAAUCACGAACUCAGGUGAACUCUUCGCCGUCAAAUCCGCUGAGCUUUCUUCAUCGGCGGUUUUGCAGAGAGAACAAUCGGUUUUGUCGAAAUUGAGCUCUCCUUACGUAGUCAAGUACAUUGGGUCUAAUGUGACGACGGAGAACGGCCAACCGAUGUACAAUCUCCUCAUGGAAUAUGUUUCCGGCGGGAGUAUUCACGAUUUGAUCAAAAAAUCCGGCGGGAAGUUACCGGAGCCGGAGAUUAGAUUCUACACACGUCAGAUAUUGAAAGGUUUGAUGUAUCUUCACGGACAAGGAAUCGUUCACUGCGAUUUGAAGAGCCAAAAUGUUAUGGUCGGAGGAGAAACCGCAAAGAUCGCCGAUCUGGGAUGUGCUAAAAUGGCGGGAAACGAAAGUUUAGAAUUUUCCGGUACACCGGCGUUUAUGUCACCGGAGGUGGCGCGUGGUGAAGAGCAGAGUUUCCCGGCUGAUGUGUGGGCUUUGGGGUGUAUGGUGAUAGAGAUGGCUACAGGUUUAAGUCCUUGGCCGGAGCUAAACGACGUCGUGGGUGCUAUUUACAAGAUUGGUUUCACCGGCGAGUCGCCGGAGAUUCCGGAGUGUUUGUCGGAGAAAGGCAAAGACUUUUUGACGAAUUGUCUGAGAAGAGAUCCGAAACAGAGAUGGGCUGUUGAAGAGUUGCUUCAACACCCGUUUCUUGAUGAAGAAGACAAAACUCAAAUUUUGUCUUGUUGCUGUCUGAAUUCUUCUUCUCCCAGUACUGUGUUGGAUCAAGGUUUCUGGGAUUCAUGUGAAACCUCGAGAAGUCGAUUAAUUCAAGACCCAUUUGCAAAUUCUUUUAAUAUGUGGGAUUCUUCAGCUGCUGAUCGGAUCAAGAAACUCGUCGGAGAUGAGAAUUCCGGCGUGCCGGAGUGGUUAACGGCGGAGGAUGGUUGGAUUGAAGUUAGAGGCAACGAGGAGAUAGAGAAACGUAACGAAGACGAAGAGGAAGAUGAGAAUUGCGUUGAAGCAACGUCAUCGGAGGAAGACGAUGAUGGAGGAUUUGAGAAUUGGAUCUUGGAUCAAGAAGACAGCUUAUUAUUUGAAUAUUCUUUCAUUGAGAAUAACCUUUUUUAUUUUUACCCUAGUAACCUCUUUGAAGAGGAUAACAUUAUUCUAUACUAUGAUCAUCUUGAAUAUGGUUUUGUACAAAAAGAUGAUGGAAACAAUAAUAAGAAUAAUUUCUUUAGCCACGUUACAGUUUUAUUUUACAAGUUCUAGUUUCCUUUUAUCAGAAUCGACACCGUUUUGACAAUCACACCUAAAAUUAUAGCGGCAAUUUUAUAGUACAUUAAAAAAAAUUGUAGUAGUACUUGAUUAGCUGAGGUUUGACGAUGGUUAAUGUUGACAAGAAUAUACGACUAUGUCAUCACUCAUGACUUGUCAUCGCUUAUUCACUACUCCUAUAUUGCAGAAUUUGGUUCCACAAUGAGCUCAUCACCUUACAUAGUCAAGUAGAUUCUAUUUAAAACAAUGUCAACUAGAUGAUGCUUUCAUAUAUACUACUUCAGUUACAUUUUUGUUUAAUUGCAAUUUAGUAGUAAUCUUGAGUUUAGAUAGUUAAACGUUGAAAGGUGAUAACUAGUAUACGGGCAAGUCGUCCUCCGUUGAUGUGUUUCUGGUAAGGAAGUUAAGUUCGGAAACCAAACCGCUCUACGUACCGAGAGUUGACUUUAUACGAAGUCUAAUUAUUUUAGUUUGGUCUUACAUUUAUGUAUUAUUUUCCUUAUAAUUUAAUAUUCUUUUCGUGUUUACCAAAACCACCAAGGGAGGUUCAUUCAAAUGUGAAAGCAUAAGACUUUUUUGGGGUCUACAACCAAAGUUGGCGUUUACUUUGUACACACUAAGC